AAAAUGCUCAUCCAGGCUGUCUGGACCUUCUGGGUUUUCAAACAAAAGGGAUUUACCCUCAAACCACUCCACAGUGUUUCUUUCCUUUUUUCCCUCCUCAGGAAGAACUGGCAAAUACUGAAAAACAUCAUCGAAACAUGCCACCAGGAGAGCAGGAAGCUUCUCAAGGAGGAGGUGUCAUCUGUGAGGGCCACCCUGCAGAUGGACCCCCAGGGAGCCCAGGAGAGACAGCAGCAGGGUGUCGUCCCCUUCCUGGGCAUGUUCCUCUAUCACCUGAAGCUGCUGGACAUUGGGAUGGAGGAUGAUCUGGAAAAAUACAAACUCAUCAGGAGGAUCCAGCUGCUCCAGCAGGCUGCAAAUGCAUAUGACCUGGAGCCCGACGAGCGAUUUGGGGCCUGGUUCCAGGCCAUGGAGCCCAUCAGUGUCCAUGAGAGCUACUGGGUCUCCUGCCAGCUGGAGCCCGCACACCAGAAGGCGAGCAAAAUGCGGCUCUUCAGGAGAAAGAGGAACCGGACAUCCUCCAGUUCAGGGCCGAGUGAGUGUUGGGACCAGGAGCGACUGAAUCCAGGGGCUCAGUACAGCUUCGGGCUAAGCAUGGGCCUCGAUCCCAGCUCCACUGCUGAGCAGGCCUGGGACAGGCCGCUCCCCUCUCCUCUCUGGGAUUCAGUUGCAUCCUCUGAAAUGGGUGAUUGGCAGCUGGGCCUGAGCGAAUAG